AUGUCCGAGUCGGCGUCUACAAACACUUGGCCUGACACCAGUUCGUCCGCUUUGGGAUCUGACGAGACAGCCUCAUCGCACAGAGAUGAUGCGAGUGUCUUCACCUUGGGCGGCUCGACCGCCAUGCUGACUGACGUUCCACCACGGCGGCAAUCGAUUCAGUUCAACAUGGAGGCAGCUGCAGCUGAAUUAUCAAAAAAACGAAUUGGUGUCACAAGGGGAGCUUUAACCAGCCGUAUCGGCAGAAUUCCAUCCCCCCCUCCACCAAGUGCCUAUAAUCGCGGGGUCUCAUUCGACACCUUUGAUAACCGUGACGCCACUGAUUUCUCAUUGACACUCAAUUACAAACACAGAGAUUACCACCCUACACGGCGGAGCCGGACUUUCCUCUGUGGUACUGAUCAGAAUGAUUAUUCUGAUUUUGCACUUGAAUGGCUGAUCGACGAACUCGUUGACGAUGGCGAUGAAAUUGUCUGUCUAAGAGUCGUCGAGAAGGAUUCGAAGAUCGCGAGUGAUGCAAGCAUGGAGGAAAGGAGAUACCGGCAAGAGGCCCAAAAGCUCUUGGAUCAAGUUAUUGCGAAGAAUUCCCAUGAUGAAAAAACGAUUAGCUUGGUGCUGGAGUUCGCCGUGGGAAAAGUGCAGGAAAUAAUCCAACGAAUGAUCCAAAUUUAUGAGCCUUCGGCGCUUAUUGUCGGAACGCGUGGACGCAGCCUGGGUGGGAUGCAAGGCCUUCUUCCGGGCUCAGUGUCGAAAUAUUGUCUUCAACAGUCGCCCAUCCCGGUCAUUGUCGUCCGCUCCUCCACAAAGCGCGAAAAGAAGAAACAGAAACGUCUUGGCAAUCCGACGCGGCACCGAUACAACCACAUCCUUCGAUUGAACGACAUGAAGAGCGGCCGAGUGUUCGACAAGGCACGUAACUCUGAUAGCAUCGCCACGAAGCAACCAGAAGAGGAAGCCGCGGUGGCUCAAGCUAUCGGGGAACAGGAUAUGGGGGGAAGUCUCGCAAUCCGCAAUACAAGCCGCGACCCGCGGCUAUCAUUUUCCAGAGACACCGCAUCUACCAGAAGCACGGACGACAAAGAUGACACGAGCGAGGGCACACGCAGUUUGAGCAUUCCCAAUUCGGAGUCCGCUGCCCCUAACUUCUCUUCCGCCUUGAAGAAUCAACGUAUCGAGAGCCCGGCGAUCACUGACGACGAAGGCGACGAAGAUGAGGGAGACAGUCCUGGUGAUGAUAACGAUUACGACAGCGAAGCUCGUGAUAGGAGGCGCCAGCACGGUUCUCAGGAUGCGGCACCAUCACCCAAGAAGCCACCCCUCGUCCCCAUUACCAACGCCACGACUACAGAAUAUACGUCCGACGUUGACGAGCGGCACUAA